AUGUACCGCUCGGUAACAAGACGAGCGGAAGGGCGAAACAUUACUCGAGGAGCUCUGCCACUCGGAAAGACGGCGGCAGACCAUGAGACCACCGGAGCCGGCGACCCCUCGCCGACAACUCAAACCCACUGUACUGAGCGGUCCGAGAAAGCCUCGCGGAAGUCGAGACCGUUAAGCGGUUCAACAAACAAGCAAAUAAUAUCCGAGACGAGGAACAUCGACUCGUCAACUUUGUCUAGUGCGCAAAGUCAGUGGAAGAUGGGGAGGUCUGUGACUCCUGGACUAAUAACGGACGAGAAUGAUGAUUGGAUUCUGAACCAACAAGCACCUGCUAUGCCCUUGUUGAAUGAGAGACCGCCUAUGGCGAGGUGUCGGACUAGUUCUUCAGGCGGAUCGAAGAGCAAGAGAAAAGUUGAGGAGAAGAAGUCGGCUCGUUCUUCUUUCCAUCAAGAUGAUCCUGUUGUAGCUGGUAUUGUGCAAUCUGGGGACGACGAUCAAGUGCGCAUCACAAGAGCGCGUUCGCACUCUGCUUCUCAGGACAAGGCGCCAUCACUCAAGCGUAGACUCUCCUGGUCAAGGAAAAAAUCUAAACAAGAAGUGCCGCAAGAAGAGGAGCCUGACUACAAAAAGAGAGCUAGCCAACUAGGACUGCCCGAUAUUGAGAAGGAUCUAGUGCCUAGUCUCCAUGAUACUGUUCACAAGAUGACUGAUAAUCAUCAGAUCUCAAAUUAUGUUUCGAAGCAAUCGGGCCGGAAGGCGGGAUUCCCUUCCACGAUGCUCGCCGGCUUGCUUUCUCCACCUAUCGUAAACGAAAGAGCUGCCUCUCCAAUACCGUUCCGGCAUACCGCGUCUUCGCCUGUGGAGUCGGCUUCUUUGAUUUCAAGACGUCAAAGUCGUAGCCCGCGAAUGGAAGCAUAUGACGAAGGAAGUGACGCAUUUGAUCAUGAUUUGGAUAUGCGAACGAAAGUCUCAAAGAAUGGUAGCGCAGAAAAUAAUAACCAGAAAUUUCCAGGUAGCGAAUAUGACCAUGUCAUUUCCGAACCGAAGUCGAAAUCCGCUCUGAAAACAGCUUUGAGGACUCCCCGUUCUUACAAGAAGAUCCAAACUCGUUCUCUUGCAAUGGAGACUGACGAUUCGUCUUCUUCAGAGCCGAUUCUACGAACUCCGCGAGUUCGAUCUUCGAGAAAGCAUGCUAGUCCUCUCUUGUCUACCUCUCCAGUACAAAUGGUCUCAAGUAUCCCUUCUCCGAACUUCAUGUCGCGUUCGUCUUCAUCUGCUUCGAGACCGGAUAAAUCGCCUUCCCUGUCGCAUUCCUCUGAGCACAAAUCGCCUAGGCUGCCGAGUAGCUUGCGGUCGCCUUUGCUUUCUGCUGGCCAGGUCGACAUGACUUCUCGGCGUUCGCGCUCGCCAAAUCAUAUGGACAGGAUGGGUGGCCCUGCAAGGCUACAAGCCUCAAACUCGCCUGUCGCUAAUCAAAAUGAGGAUGUUGAAGGAACGCCAAAGGCAUCUCGCAUCGCUUGGAGCAGAAGAUAUCAAAAUACAACGGAAACGGAGAGCAGCGCUGACGAGAGACUCCGCAUUCCUAACCAACUUUCUAAUGCAUCUCGGGUCCGCUCAGUAUCGGCGAGAACUUCACCUAAUCCUGAUUAUGACAAGAGUCGUUUGGGGAGCCGCAUGUCAGUAGUGCAAAAGCAACCAGCAACGGUAAUAACAGAACAGAGUGCGUCGGAGUUUUCUGAACAAGAACCUAUGCCCAGUGAUAAAGCGUCUGAAGAUUCUCGUGUUCGACGAAAUAAUGAGCUUGUUGAUCUAGUUGCUGGUCUUAAUCUGGAUCUUGGGCACCGGAAGGACAGUCCCGUUUCUGUAACGCGUCGCAAAAUAGCGUCCUCCACAGGACAUUCCGCUAAAGGAAAGGCUAACUCGGUCAAUCAGUCCAGUGAUUCUGCUCAGCAAGUUGCUAUCGGCAUCGCACUAGGAGCGUCCAACGGGCGCGCGUCCUCUAGGGCUAAUUCACCUGCUCUGAAUGAAGAUAAAGUUUCGCACGACCGUGAUGAUUAUUUGGCUGUGCCAGUGCCACAUGAACAAGGUCGUCCUGCUCGUUGCUCAAGCACCUCACGAAGACGUUCAUCAACUCCGAGACAAGAUGCCACUGAAGCGAGUACGGAUGCCAAUCAAGCGAACAACUUCCUCAAGCCAGAGCCAAAAGCCGCCAAUCGCGACAGUCUUCUCAUGCUCAAUGCUGAUCGUCAACGCGAAGCUUUCGGAAUCCCACCUUCUCUGUCUCGUGUACACGAGUCGAAUGAAACAUUGUCCUCUGAAGAAAGUAACUCAUCUCUGAAGAAUCAUACAAUAGACUCUGAUUGGGAACAUGAAGCCAGUGAUGGACUCGGUUUGAGUCACGGAGCGGAGAGGUUAUUCCACGCACUUGGUAUUGGUGCCGGAGCGCAGCAUGGCGAGGAUCAUCAGCACGCAAGGGGUCAUCGAGCAUCACGGCGCUCCAGCAUGGCGGGAGCUGAGAAGUUCUUGGCAGAAUUCGUGUGCUCUCCAAGAGCACCAAUGUCUGCUAGUUCCUCGUGUUCUUCUAUUUACGAAGACGACGUGCCGGACAGACCGUGGCAGAAACGAGAACGUGACCUUAACCGCGUGCAAAGUGGCAGUGGCGCUGGUGGGAGCAAUUCUGAUGUGAAGUCCUCGUGGAAGAGAUCUCUGCCUCAUUCUGCGUAUGCUUCUUUGCUGGAACGACAUGGUGAAGUUGAGAUGCGUCGACAAGAAGUUAUCUGGGAGCUUUGUGAGACUGAGCUGGUGUUUCUGAGGAGCUUGCGAACUGCGCUGAAGGUCUUUGUUAGCCCAUUACUUGGAAAGAAUCGUACCUGGGUUUCUGGAGUACCAAGCAAUGUCUCGAGGCUACUAGACUGGCUGGAGGAUAUCUAUCAGUUACAUGCAAAGAUAAGUUCUGCGCUACAACACACUCGCUCAUCUCAGUAUCCUGUCGUACUCAGGAUUGCGGAAACACUUAGAGCUUUUGUUCCGAAGUUAGAGGUAUAUCAACCGUAUAUUGUGCGCCUGGAUGAAAUCUUAGGCGAUAUUGAAGCUAUGAUGAAGGAUCCGAAGGAUGAAGUUGGCGAGUUUUUCCGACUGCAGAGUUCUGCUGAAGAAUGUGCAGGAACGUCUUUCGCUUCAUUCCUAUGGCUGCCUCUCAUGAGAUUGGGGAAGUACCUCAAAUAUUUCAAUGAACUCUGGGACCUCACUCCAAGGUCGCAUGUUGAUCAUUUACCGACGUUCUCACUGCUCCACUCUGCGACAAUAGUGGUACGCGUAAUGCGAGAGGUGAAGUUACGGGAAGAGGAACAUGCAUACGUCAAAGAACUCGUCUCACGAAUUCGUGGUCUUCCGAAUGCUAUGCAGCUGAUGCGACGAGAAAGGCGACUUGUCGCGCAUGGAGCUCUUCAACGUGUUCAUUUUAGCGAGAGAACUAAGGAUGCGCUCGAAGGGAACUCGUCCUUCAAGCCUGGAGGAAGACAUGCACGACACGUUCGCUAUGAAGAAGAGCAACGCUCGACAGUACGGCGUCGUAGAGCUAAUUCGUUGGAUUCUUGUCUUUCCGAAGGAACUUCUAUGGGUUCUCUUUCGUCUGCUGCUUCUAAUUCAUCUCUUAAUGGCGAAGUGGCACAUCAUCCCCAUGCUCGUGGAAAGCCGUCGAAGACGACGGAGCUGUAUGCAUUCAUCUUUACUGAUUUGGCGAUAUUCGCGACUCCCACUUCCCAUCGAACCCAUCGAGUGCAUAGCGGGAAGGUUCAGAAUGAUCUAGAAUUGCUGGACGAUAUUGGUAUAUGCCGUAUCCUCUCUGUGACAGAUCACUCGGGAGAUCUUGAAUAUGAUAACUUGAUUGGCCUGCACAUCCUUCCUAUGGACGCAGACCGGCUCGACAAAGGCAUUUUAUCGGACACUUCAGCGACAUCUCUGUUCGUGCAUAUCCCAAAUUCACGUAGCUCCGGUUCGCAACCUUCGGAUAUUCGACAACGGUGGUGGGAUGCAUUCGAGCGAUGCUAUCAAUCUACUUUACGAUCAUUGUCCUUCCCUACUCAUUCCGGGAGAUACCUUACUCACGGUCCAGGAGCAGACCAGGACGAGAACACGAAACAAACCGUUAUGGCCAUCCUUGCAUCUGGUCUUCCACUUCCGAAAAGCCCAUCAGCCCAAAUCAGUGAAAUCGAAAAGAACGCGGCAGAGGACACUGCCUUGAGGGAACGCGAAGAGAGAGGGUGGUGGGCUUUACGUUUUCAACAGACUCUCCACGAAACGCAGCGAGAGGAGUCGUUGCGGUUGCAGUCACAACCACAGAAUAAACCUUACCUUCCUACGGGAACUGGAACGAAACGAAAGACGAUCUCAGAACGAAGACGAUUAAAGCUUAGUAGUAGCGGAAGGAAUUGA